UUCUCUCACAGUACAAUGUUACAUGUUUUGCUUAUUUCACUGUUGUCUGCAGCCUGCGGAAAUCCCGUAACAAAAACGGUUGAAGAUGCAGAUUUUUGGAGAAAUCAAGCUCAAGAGGAUUUAAAUCAACGACUUUCUUAUCUAUGGAACACAAACGCUGCCAAAAAUGUGAUAAUGUUCUUGGGAGAUGGUAUGGGAAUAUCUACUGUUACGGCUGCACGGAUUUAUAAAGGACAGUUGAAUGGACAAACAGGAGAGGAAGCGGAAAUGACAUUCGAAACAUUUCCAUACACAGGGUUCAUAAAGACGUACAAUACAGACCAACAGGUACCAGAUUCUGCUGGAACUGCAACAGCAUUCCUCUGUGGUGUUAAAUCAAAGGCUGGUACAGUAGGAGUAGACGAUAAAGUUCAAUAUUCCAACUGUUCGACAGUUCAAGGAGCGGAAGUGACGUCGAUCUUAGACUGGUCUCUGGCUGAGGGAAAAUCAGUUGGAUUAGUUACUACCACAAGAGUUACCCAUGCGACUCCUGCAGCUGCGUAUGCCCACGCACCAAGGCGUUCCUGGGAAGGAGAUACCCGACUAGAUAGUACCCAAAAAGGUUGCACUGAUAUUGCUUAUCAGUUGAUAAAAGACAAUCCGGAUAUUCAGGUAAUAUUGGGUGGUGGAAGGCGCUUCUUUCUAUCGGAAAAUGAAACAGACCCCGAAUUAAACUAUACUCACAGCUACCAAAGACGGGAUACCAGUCUAGUGCAGGAAUGGAUACAAGAUAAACAAAACAGAAAUAAGACCCAUGCAUACGCUUGGAGAAAAGAGGAAUUUGAUGCUAUUAACCCAGAUAAUACAGACUUUGUCUUGGGUCUGUUUGAAUCGUCCCAUAUGCAAUAUGAGCAUGAACGAGAUACAACAUCAAAUGGAGAACCAUCUUUACAAGACAUGACAAUAAAAGCUCUAGAGAUUCUAAGGAGAAACACAAAUGGAUAUUUUCUACUAGUUGAAGGUGGGCGAAUAGACCAUGGUCAUCACGGUACAUAUGGUCGGCGGGCUUUGGAAGAAACUGUAAUGUUUGAUAAAGCUGUUUCGUCGGCUAUUGAUAUGACGUCAGAAAGGGACACAUUGAUAGUGGUGACUGCUGACCAUUCACAUGUAUUUGCUAUGGGAGGUUAUCCAACAAGAGGAAAUGAUAUACUUGGUUUGGUGGAAAACGACAUAGCAGAUGAUGGAAUGCCAUAUACAUCUCUUGUGUAUGGAAAUGGAAGGGUUCAAAGGGAAAAUCUCACAGGAGUGAAUACAAGAGAUUUCAACUACAGACAGACGAGUGCUGUGUACAUGUCUUCAGAAACCCAUGCAGGGGAGGACAUUCCUGUUUAUGCCAGAGGUCCAAUGUCUCACUUGUUAACUGGAACACACGAACAGAAUUACAUUCCUCAUGUUAUGGCAUAUGCUGCCUGUGUGGGACGCAAUAAAAACCACUGUAAACGGACUUUAACAUCGGAUUCGCUAAAUCUGAAGCAUAGCAUUACACUAUUGUUUUCUCUUUAUAUACUUAAAAUAUCGAUUGUUUAA